AUGGUACCUUUAUCAAGAGUAGAAAUACCACCAAGUAACGAACUAUUACCAAAUACAAGGAGAAUAUUACGAGGGCAUGAAGUCGGCGAUAGACGACCUUACAUGGUAUACCUAAGACCAGCUGCAACAGCUGACCCUCAGAUAACAGAAACGAGCUGGCUGUGCAGUGGAGUCAUAAUUCACGAGCGGUAUGUUCUGACUUCUGCAGCCUGCAUCGAGGACGUAAAGCAAUUCUACGUCAUAUCGGGAACACAUCGAUGGAUCCCAGCUGGAAGUACUAACGACUGUAUUAAAUAUGGUGCGAAAAAAGCAGUAUGGAAAUGCGUACCGAAAAGUUAUGUGUUCGAUGGUCAUGAAUUCGAUAACAUACGUUGGAUGGCAAAUGAUAUAGCUGUAGUGAAAGUUGAAGAUGACUUCAACUUCAAACGGCGAGUCCGCGGCUGCGACUUCAUCCCCGCGAAGGUUGCCUUCAACAAUCAAAGCGAGGAAUUGGAGAAGCCUGGCAGAGUGGGUAACAUCGCUGGUUGGGGUUCCACGGAUAAAUUCGGUGAUAUCAGCGGGAGAACUGCAAUUAAUUCACCGGCUCUACUAGAGUCUGAUGUCAUCCUGAUAUCAAAGAAGAACUGUAAGAAGAGAUGGGACGAGCGCUAUCAUUACAUCAUUGAUGGGAGCAUGAUAUGUACCAAAGACGGAAUGGAUACGGAUGCUAUGAGUACUAUUUGCAGAGAAAAUGAAGUGAAUUGCAAAGAACUGGUGUAUUCUGAUGAGGAAGAAGAUGGUCCAUCACGACGAAUGAUGAUUAAACCGGAUCAGAUGAUGAUUCAUGACGGCGCUCAUUAUAACGACACGAGAAGAGCUAAGACAUUAUCCGGUGGAUUCUGUGAGAAUGACCACGGCGGUCCUCUUCUCAUCGGACAAGGCAAGAGUGCUGUGGUAGUAGGCAUCAUAUCAGCCUGUCUAACGAGGGAAAUAACAAAUCAGUGCUAUGGUCCGUAUCUCUAUACCAGCGUGUGGAAGAAUAGACAUCUGAUCGACUGUGCUAUAAACAAGGAUAUGCAAUCGACAUGCAAAAGAUUGUUGAGGGCAAAGAAGACGCAAAUGAGCGAAACUGAAUACAAUUGGGAAAAACAUGACAUCAGCCUAUCAACAGCUAAGAAUAUAGCAUCGAGCUCGAGAAAUAUUUUACACCACAAUAAUCGCAUAUCAUCAACAAAUCAAGAGCAUGGGCAUCACUAA